AUGGUGCUGCUUAAUACAGUAUUAUCCGUGAGCGAGGGAUAUAACGAGGAAUGUUACUUGCCACUGGAGAGACGUCAAACGUUAAGGAUGAUGGUGAAGAACAUUUCACGGGUGUUUGACAAGUACGGUGUUCAGUAUUGGCUCGAUUAUGGAACCCUGCUUGGCGCCUAUCGCAUGGGAGACAUCUUGCCAUAUGAUCACGAUGCCGACAUUUCUUAUAUUUUGGAAACCGAGAAGCCGGAAGCUUUCCGUAAACUGCGUGAGCUUGGAAUGCAAGCCAAUGGUUUGGUUGUUGCAUUAGGGGAUGUGACUGUGGAUUUUAUGAGAUGGCAACCAGUGAACGUCUCAAGUUACAUUUCUGGCAAAACUGAAACAAUGCUACGCAAAUAUUACCCUCCUUCAUCAAAGGAAAAUCUCAUUCUGAAAUACCAUCAUACGUUGGAAACUUCUCCCAUGUCGUGGGUGGUAUCUUUCAAAAGGUUCUAUUUCCAGGAAGUGAAUGUUGCACUUCCCAACUCACGGGAUAAAUUACUAGCCUUUAGAUACCCGUAUACGUUCGGAGCGCGUGGAUUUCAGUUUCCUUAGAAGUGUUAAUGCUGGGUGCCCUGUUAUUUGAGAAAAAGCAAUGGUUCCUAA